GGUCCAUGUGCUUCUCCCGUGGCCACCCGCCCAGUCCCCCCAGCGGGGGGUCCCCGGAGAGCCGGGGGUCGGGGGCUCUGGCUCUGCCCCGCUCAGGCCGCGUUUGCCCCCAGGUGGAAAGGUGAGAACGUCGCGACGACGGAGGUGGCCGAGGCCCUGGCUGCGCUGGACUCGCUGCAGGAAGUCAAUGUCUACGGGGUCGCCGUGCCAGGGUACGAGGGCCGGGCUGGGAUGGCCGCCAUUGUCCUGCGUCCGGGCUGCGAGCUGGAUGGGGCCCGUCUGUACAGCCACGUGGUGGAGUUCCUGCCCCCCUACGCCCGGCCCCGCUUCCUGAGAGUGCAGGACCAGCUGGCGAUGACACAGACCUUCAAGCAGCACAAGGUGCGUCUGGCCAGCGAGGGCUGCGACCCCACGCGCCUCCCGGACCCGCUGUACCUGCUUGACGACACCUCGGGGGCCUACGUGCCCCUGACCCCGCGGCUCUGGGAGGGUGUCGUCUCGGGGGCUGUCCGGAUAUAACCCCCCCGCCCCACCUGCCUCGGGCUCCCUCCGGUGGGGGUCACCUGGGGAGACUACGAGUCCCAGCAUGCACCACUCAGCACCAUUGCAUGCUGGGAGCUGUAGUCUCUUCUGGGUGCUCAGGGGAGCUGCGCUUCUUGGCCAGGGCUCUGGGGUGCUGCCUGCCCCCGGGGGGGGAAUGGGGCUCAGGUGGCUGCAGGAUUUUUCCCACGUUGCAGCCCCUGGUCCUUCCAGUGCCCCCCCACCCCCUGCGCCCCAUGUUUGUCACCCCCCCACUUCCUGGCCCCCCCUCCCCUGCGCACACCCCACUCCUCUGCCCCAGGGGGCUGGAAGCCGGGAGCUCGGCCCUCUCGUUCUGGCUCACCCCCGGGCCUGUCUCCAGCAGAGCGACGCCCUGGGUGCCGGCUGGGAGCCGUGUCCUCCAUCAUCCCCCCUCCCCACACUCGGGGGCGGCUCCCCCGUCACGGGAUCUCCCUGCCCAGGGCAUUGGGUCACACAGCGGGGGGGGCGCUGGGGGGGGACUCCAGGGAGCUGGAUUCGGAUCCUGGCUCCACCAUGACCUGGGGGGGCCUCGGGCUGGUCCUUAAGCUCCCAGCCAGGCCUCCGGGAGAACGGCCCUGCCUCCCCCCCUCCCGGGUCUGGCUGGGCUGUUCCGAGUGCGAGAUGGGCCCGCAGGGACCGACCCUGGCUGCAGCCUGGACAGUCUGUGUCCGAGGAGUCGCCGGGCGUCCUUUGCCCUUGGGGCCGGGGG